CACACACAGUGGUGAGGCAGCGCGCGGGCUGGAGCAGCGUCUCGUGUGCGCGGGUUUGUACCGGAGCUCCAGCGCGCGCUCCGCUCUCAGCGCCGUUAGUUUGUUGGUUUUUUAUUGAACUCGGAGCUCGAGCUGCUGCUGCUGCGUGUCCGUGCACGCGCUGAGAUCACCGCACCACUUUUCUCGGAUCUACCGCUGGCUCGCGCGUUUGUGUGUUUGCCCGUGUGUGUGUGUGCGCGCGUGGAGUGAGCGUGUGUGUGUGUAUGUGUAUGUGUGCGCGCGUGCGUGCGUGAGAGAGAGUGCGUGGAGAUGUGGCGCACGAGCAGAGCGCGGCUGGCCCAGCUGCGCGCGUGCUUCUUCCGACUGCUGUGUCUUCUGCCCGCAGGAGUGUCGGUGCGGAGCGCGGACCUGCAGCGCGCGACCGACAACAUCACCAUCCGACAGGGGGACACCGCCGUCAUCAGGUGCUACGUGGAUGACAAAGUCUCCAAGGUGGCCUGGCUCAACCGCUCCAACAUCAUCUUUGCCGGUGAGGACAAGUGGUCUCUGGACCCUCGCGUGGACCUGGUGACCAAGGGCCAGCUGGAGUACAGCCUGCGCAUCCAGAAGGUGGACGUGUUCGACGAAGGUCCCUACACCUGCUCUAUCCAGACUAAGCAGCAGUCCAAGACCUCCCAGGUCUACCUCAUCGUCCAAGUUCCCGCCAAUAUUUACAGAGUUUCAGAGGACAUCAAUGUGAAUGAAGGCAGCAACGUGACGCUCAGCUGCCUCGCCAACGGCAGGCCGGACCCCUCCAUCACCUGGAGGCUGCUCAGUCCGUCAGCAGAAACUCUGGAGGUGGGCGAGUAUUUGGAGAUUUCUGGAAUCAUGCGUACUCAGGCCGGACGCUACGAAUGCAAAGCCAGCAACGACGUAGCAGCUCCCGACGUCAAAUACGUCAACGUCAUCGUCAACUAUCCACCUUUCAUUAAGGGUGCUAAAAGCUCGGAGACGCAGGUGGGGCGGAUGGGUGUUCUACAGUGUGAUGCCACUGCUGUGCCCAAACCAGAGUUCGAGUGGUACCGAGACGACAAGAGGCUGUCUAAUAUGCAGGGCGUCAGUAUUCAGAUCAUCGGCACUCGUACUCUCUUGCUGGUGGCGAACGUUACAGAAGAAGAUUAUGGAAACUACACCUGCAUGGCCACCAACCGACUGGGAACACACAACGCUAGCGUCUUUCUUUACAGACCUGGAACCGGACGGGACAUCAACGGCUCGGCAUGCGUCUCUAAGUCCGUGUGGCUCCUUGUCCUGCCCUUCCUCCUGCCUCUACUCAAGUGUUAAUACUCAGCGCUGCACUCGUUCACCACCACCACACCUCUCUCUCUCUCUUUCUGUCUCUUCUGCAUUAUUUCUCUUUCUCUUUCCCCCCCACUCUCUGUCUGUCUCUUUAUCCUUCUCUCUCUCUCUCUUUCUCUCCCAGACUGUUCGCAUCACCAUCGCAGAACGAACCGUGCCUCCAGGCGCGCCAAACUAGGUACACUUACAAUUCAAAGCAGAGGAACGGGACGGGCUGUUAGCGCGAGUCGGUGUCAAACAAGUACGAAACAAAAGAAAAGAAAAGGAAUUCCCGUGAAGAAGUGCGGAGAAGACAGUGCUCUUUAUAUAUGAUAUGAUAUUUGUUAUCUUCACUCCUCAGAUCCUUGUUUUCCACUGUUCUGGAGUCUUCUUUUCUUUUUCUUUGCUUUUCUUUUCUUUUCUUUUGUUCCUUCUUUCGUUUCGCUCGUCUUUUCUCACGCCAUCUCGAGAACAUGCAGAGAGCGGAGAUCUUGCACAUUUAGCGAGAGUUCAAACUGACUCUUGGCCGCGUCACUCAACAAUCAUCCAGAUAUUCUGAUAAACAGCUUCUGAGCGCAAAUUUUUUGAUACUGUAAUCCUGAAUUUUAAUCCCGAAGUGUCUUCGGUACUUGCCAAACAUGUAACUUAAGCAAAGCUAGUUCGAAAAAAAUAAAUAUGUGAGUAAAUAAAGUAAAGAAUAAAUAAAUGUCUGUAUCUCAGCAGGAAGAUGUAAUACCGUAUAAGCUACAGCAACCAGCGCUAAGCAGCACCAAAUGGAAAAUAGCCAGUUUGUUCCACUUUCUGAGCAGCGUAGAGUCAGUGUACUGAUCAAUAUUCAAUAUUUACAAGUCAGAUGCCAAACCAGUAUUAUCAGUAUUAGUGCGCUAACCCGCUAAACCUGCUAAACCUGCUAAACCUGUAGCUGGAAGUGUCAAAAGAGAGAAAACCUUUCCAAAUCAUGUGGUUGCUUCUUAAAUGUACCUCCCUCACUCGGUUCGCAAUGCUAAUUUAGGGGUUCAAAACUUCAAAAUGAGUUUUCAUUGAAUGUGAUGUUUGAGCUAAAGCACCAGUCAAGAAGGGAAUAGCCAAACUGCAAGGCAAUUUGUGCAAACAUUGCAUUUUUGUGCAAUUUUCCCCUUUACUCACAAAAAGCAUAGCUGAUUAGCCUCAGACAACUAGCUGCCUUUUUACAACAUGCUAACAUUAAGGCACUCAGUGUAAUAUAGCUUAUACAGCUAACCUACACUCCUUCAUUACAGUACUCUCACACAAAUAUGAAUAAGUCUAAUUUUUUUACAUUUUACAGCCCAGUUUAAACAUCAAGGACUCUAUUGCAAAGCUGCAUCAUUUAAAUAGCAACAGCGCAUGUGAAUAUAUCUAUACACAAUUGGUGUAGUGGUCUGGAAUUAGGUGUUUUCAGGUAAAUUUCUGAUGUAUUGCUAUCUUGGCAGUGGAAAACACAGGUGCACCACUAACUGACUGACUAAAUAGAGCCAAGAUAGACGUCAACAGUCCAACGUUCAUUGCUAUCUUGGCAACAAAAGGCACAAACCCAACUUUUACAUCAACAAUAAACAGAAUAGAAAAUAAAUUAACAUUGCCGCUGGUGCACCUUCACAGCGUGAACAAGCAGGUCAGUUUCCUCUGCAGAAAAGCGUUGGACAUGUCCAGGUAGCUGCGCCGUUAAAAUAGCAAUCUGCCAAAGUCAGAGCACACCUGGCUCUUAAAGGGAAUGGCAGGCGACACUGAUUGGUUUAUUUCGCCUCACGGCCAAAACACACCAUUGAUUAAUUAAGAGAGUUAGUACAGGUGUACAGGUGAACUUUUCCUGUCGUUACGAUAGCAAACUCCCCAAACACAUCUUGGCUAAUCAGCUAUUUUUGUAAUAAGUGGGGAAAUUUGUUUAAAUUGGGAAAAUUAGCAUUUUUUGACAAAGUAUCCAUUUAAAGUGCAGGUUUGCUAAAGAAGCUGGCAGUCGUGCUAUUUUGAACUGUUUAUUAGGAGUAUAAUAAAACGAGCAUUCAAAAUAAAAGUGUUUGGAAUCUCUUGUUGCACUACCGCCGAGAGAUGCUAACAAGAAUUUUUAGUGUUUUUUUUUUCUUUGCUUCUUUUUGUCUUUUUUUUUUUUUAAAACACAAGUGGAAACAGUGGGUUGUGUUCAUCACCAUCGCUUCACUUUUAACAAACUUUUAUCUUCCCGACUGUAAAAACCUGCACCAGAUAAACCGGUGUUCGAGCAAGGCGGGCUGGUUUCUUCAGUCACUAACUUUUAACUGUGAUAAAAUUCUCCCGUUUUUUUAUUUUUAUUUCCUCUACUUUAACCCGCUCCCAGUCAUCAUCCGCCAUCCGUGGACUAUUGUACCAUACGGCUAAAUCUGUGUGUGACUUUUAGACUGAAAUGUAUGACACCAAUGAAUGCUUUGCUUGUUAUUUUUUAUUCUCGCUCUUCUUCUUUCUUUCUUUUUUUCCUCCUCUCUCCUGUGUAUUUGUUCAGAUGGAAAUCUCAGAAAGCAGAUUGUUCUUUGUAUAUUUUUUUGGUUUAGUUUUUUGCUUUAUUUGUUUUGUUCCAUUAUGAUUAAUUGUUGUAUAUAUAUAUAUCUACUUGAAUCCAUUGUCCUUAAAUAUAUAUAUAUAUAUAUAUAUUAAAAAUGAUAAUAAUAAUAAUAAUAAUAAUAAUUAUAAUAAUAUAUUACGUCCAUGUUUCUUAAUAGGCUAGUGAAUUUGUUGAGGAUUAACUUGUAGUUAUCAUUGGCACCUCCGGGGGCGCCCUGUAAGUGUUAACAAAAAAAAGGAGAGAAAAAAAAAAUGAUUAGACUACAAAACUAAAGAUUUUAAUAUUGAUAAUUUAACAAUAUUAAGACCUGUUGGACAACAGAUAGAUCGCCAGUCCCUUCCUAUUGUCCUUUUUUUAUAUAUAUAUAGAUUGUAAUGACCUGCAUUAUGGAGAUGUUAGCAUUGAAAUGGGAACACCUACAUGCUUGUUGCCAAAACAUGAAGAAUAUGUCUUUUCUUUCUUUCUUUUUUUUUGGUGUAACCUGAAUUUAAUGCUUUGUAUCAUGUUUUAAUGCAAGAAUACAGCACCAGUCAAAAGUUUGGACAGUGGAUUUUCAGUAUUUUAAGUCAUACAAACUAUAAGGAAAAGCAUAUGAAAUAUUUAAUAAAUUAAAAAUGUGUUAAACCAACUAGAAUAAGUUUUAUAUUUUAGAUUUUUCAAAGUAGAGCCUUUUGAUUAGAUUACAGCUUUGCACAUCUUGGCAUUUUCUCAGUCAGUUCAGUUAACAGCUGUACUGAAGUCAUCAAGAGUUAAUUACUUAGAUUUCUUGUCUCUCAAUGUGUUUAAGAGCAUCAGUUGUAAAGUUGUGGAGAGGUAAAGAUGGGUAGAGUAAUGUUUUAAUCCAUAUUAUGACAAGAACGACUCAACUAAGUAAAGAAAAACAUGAUUUUAAGAAACAAAAGUCAGUCAAUCUGACAAAUUUCAAGAAUCAAACAUUAUGAUGGAACUGGCACUCAUCAGGAGUAUUUUAGUUUGUUUAACACUUUUAAGUUACUACAUGAUUCAUUAUGUGUUCCUAUAUAGUUUGGAUGACUUCAAUAGUCAUUUAUAAUGUAGGAAAAACAAAAUAAUUAUUGAAAAAAACAGAAGAAGAAUUAAGAAGAUCUAUUCAGACUUUUGACUUUUGGUGCUGUACGCUUUUAACCUGUGUAUUCAGGCUGGCGGUUCAGUGCAGCUUAGCCAGCUUUGGUCCCUCCCACCCACAUUCAAGGCCUCUCGAGCUGACCAGCGAAGGCAUUGGCCGCCCUGAUUCUCCACCAAAGUCCUGAUGCCUUUUUUACACCCUCCCACUUACCUCCUGCUGUGUGCGUGAUGAGAACAGGCCGCUUCUCGGAGCGUCACACUUUAGAGUAGGCUAGGCUAAAUGUGCUAAAGCGGUCAGAACAUGAAGGGCUAGCGUUCCCCUUUAGACUAACUCAGCAUUCCUCCGGCCCAACGUCCAGGAGAAGCCCAGGUUUUGUCCGAACCAUCGUCUAAACUCUUGAGUCUUGAGUAGCAAUCAGAUCCUCCUGCUCUAAAAUGUGACCCCGGUGUGUAACGUAGCCGAAUCCCAGAAGAAUCCCGAUGUAAACCUGUGUAUAUAUGUGUGUGUGUAUUCUUUAGUUUUACAUUAAAACACUCACACGAGCUUCUAAAAGCUUCUGCCAAUGGCUGUGGAUUCAAGCCAGGAAGUCCAGCUAACAAGAGUUGCUUUACGUGUGUAGCCUUCCUGUCCUUUAUUUCCCUGUCCUUUAUUUCUGUUUCGAUUAUUUUCUGACUUUCUUGUGAACCGAGGUUUCAAAAGUACCUACUUUCAGUUCUUUCAGAUUUUUAUUUUUUCCCCAUCCGUAUCCGUGAAUCCUUAUUUGGCUAUAGAGUGCUCCUGGAUAUGGGAACGUCGCCUUCUCAUGCCGGUAGUAAAUUCCGAGACGUUUCCGCACCCUCAUUUCAAUGCAAUGAACAUUUUAUAAUGGCUUUGGUUUAUUCUAAGAUUACUGCAAUCAAUUUCUAAAAAUCUUAUGUACUGUAAAGUACCCAUGAAAUGUUCGGAAAAUGAAAUAAAGUCAUUUGAAUUUGA